AUGAAAUCGCCUGUUCGAAAAGAAAAGAAACAUUAAACUCACAAUCCCUCUUCUCAAUAGGAUAAAUUUCAAUAGAAAUUGUUAUAUCCGGGAUAGAUUGUAGCAGGGAGAUUCAAAUUAAUUGAGAAAGUCGGACAAGGUAGUUUUGGAUCGAUUUUUAAGACUGAAAAUAUAGAGACAGGUGAAAUAUGUGCCUCUAAAUUUGAAAGGAGAGAGUCAGCAAAGAAUAGUGUGAGUUUGCUAGUUAGAGAAAUAAAAAUUUUAUUAGUGUUGAAAGGGAUCCCAGGCUUUCCUUAGAUUUUGCAUUAUGGGAGAGAUGAAAAUUACAAUUUCUUUAUGAUAACAUAUUUGGGUUAGAAUUUGGAACACUUGAUUAGAAAAACAAAAAGGUUCUCACAAAUCAAUUGUCUCAGAAUAGGAUUACAAUUACUGGAUAGACUGGAAUAAAUGCAUCAGAAGAAUUUGAUUCAUAGAGAUUUGAAACCAGAAAAUUUGGUAAUAGGAUGGUAGGAUAUCGAUGUUAUUUAUUUGAUUGAUUUUGGAUUAUCCAAAUGUUACAAGGAUAAUCAAGGAGUUCACAUUCCAAUGAUAGAGAAGAAGGGAAUCAUAGGAACUGCCAGAUAUGCUAGUAUUGGAGCACAUUUAGGUAGAGAGUAAUCUAGAAGAGAUGACUUGGAAUCUUUGGCUUAUGUACUCAUUUAUCUGAAUAAAGGGAAAUUGCCUUGGAUGAAUAUGCCAAUCCAAGAUAAAUCAAUUAAAUAUAACAAAAUACUUGAAUAUAAACAAUAAAUCUCUCAUGAAAAACUCUGUGAUAAUCUACCUAAAUGUUAUUAUUUGUUAUUGUAACAUGCCAAAUCUAGAGAAUAUACUGAAUAACCUAAUUAUACAUACAUUAAAGAGUAAUUUUCAAAAGCAUUGGAUGACUAAGAGUACAUAGACAACAUCUCGUUUGAUUGGGAGAAACUACCUGAAUUGAAAUCUAAGAAAUCAAGAAGAUCUAAUUCACAAAAAAAGACAAAUGAAAAAAAACCUAAGAUUUCCAUUUCUAAAGAACAAUCAAUAGUUCAAGAACACAAACAAUAGAAUUAACAACCUUCUUUAUAAAUAAUAUAACAAACUCAACAAAAAAGUCAGGUUUCCUUUCUCCAUGUGCCUGAUCUAGACAGUUAAUCUCCAGACAAACAAUCAGGGCUUGAAAGAAAAAGCAGAGGGUACCUAAGUAGAGGUAGUGCAGGGACUACUAGGUUGAUGAAUUAUGACCUUAGUUAAAUUGAAGAAGACGAAAACGAUGGAGACAAUCAGAAUCAUACACCUUUUCUUAAUAUCAAGAAAUCGAGAAAAGAUCUUAAGAGUUUUUCUGUCAUGACAGAAAAUCAAGUCUUCAAAAUCACUACUUUUUGUAAACAAGCUGGCAAAACUGUUAAAGACUAAUAAAUCGAAGGGGUCAAUUAAAUCUAUGGGUCAUUUGAUAAUUUAGAUCUUAUUGCAAACGACGAAAUUAAUAUCUAGUUUAACAACAUUGGGGCUUUUUCCUUUAAAAAACAUUGA